CAAGACGUAACUGUAAAUCAAACCCAAAGCACAACCAUCACUACCCCAAUGGAGUCUCAAACAACUGAGUACAACAGUCCAACCACCAACAUAUUGUCAACAUCGGGUAUGUCGCAAACCACUGUUGACAUGUCUUCCACUCAGGCAACCACUGAAAAUGGUCUUUCCACACCAUUCACAACUACACACUUGAAAAAGACAAGUGAAUCAGCAUUUUCCACCUCCACUUUAGAUACCACUUCCUCAUCUGGAUUUACCACACCUCUGACAUUUAUUCCAGGUUCGACCACAGAAAGGAGACCGUCAACGCAAAGCGAGACAGUGACCACAAUUGUGCAUACACAGGCAGACAGUCAGUCAACACCAGACCACAGUUCAACCUCAAAUAUUUUCCUUACGUCAUUCACAACAAUAUCUACAACUCAUCAGUGUAAUGAAGAGGACUGUCAGUGUCAUGGUGCUCCUUGUUUUUUCAAUGACACUCUUGGCUUAUGUAAAUGCCAUUGCUCUGCCUUCACCUUUGGAGAUUUGUGUACUUAUGGAAGUAAUGUCACCACAGUUUCCUUGGAUAAGGCAGUACCAACCAGAAAGGCAAAUGUCUCUUUGAGGAUUAUGAGGGAAUUUGAGCCUGAGUAUGAAAAUAUGAACUCCAGCAAGUCCCAAAUAUUAAUCAAAACUUUGAUUAAGGAGCUUAGUGCUCUCUGCAGGAGAGCAGAUCCACAAAAUUUUAAAGAUGUACAAGUCAUUCAUCUAAAACCUGGAAGUAUUGUUGCAGAGAGCAUAGCGGAAUACACCUAUCCCAACAAUGCAUCCCAAAUUGAUUUCCUCAACAAUGAACUGGAACCCACACUUAGGAAUAUCUUGAACAACACAGAUAACCUAAUGGGCAUCAGUCAAGCAUUUGAAAAUGUGCGAAUCCAGUUGACCAACAUUACCUUCCAACCGACAGAAAUAAGGAAUAUUGCAGAUUUGAGGCCAUUUGURGCCUGUCGUCUGGGUUUUGCCAACUACACAGAAGAGCUCUCUGAUGGCAGCUGGAAGUGUGUGGGGCCUUGUAAACAGUAUCCAGACUACUGUCAUAGACACGGAGAAUGCUUUAAUAAUGUUCAAAGUGGACCUAUUUGUCUGUGCUAUGAGUCUUCCCUGGAGCAGUAUCAUGGACCCCAGUGUGAGCGCUUCCGCAGGGGAAGAGGUUUCUAUGCUGCACUCUUUGGUGCGCUGGGGGCAGGCAUCCUCCUCAUACUUGCUCUCAUCGUGGUUAUCGUGGUCCUGCGAAGGAACCGUGGGGGACAUUGGAACAUUGACAAGCCACCUGCCAGAAGACUGAUGUCUCUCAAUGAGGACUUUUUUGACUUCACACAAAGAGACCUCGGUCCAUACCAUGGCAGUUCACCAGUCUACACAAACACUGAUUUAGUUGACGAAGGCUGCCCAGGAGUAUUCAGCCUGCAUCUUGACAAUGUUGACACAACAUAAAAUGUGAGUACAAUUACAGACGUUAUACUGUAAUUUCUGUUGUUUCAUGUCUUUCAUAUUUGUCAAAAUCUUACAAUCUUUGCUGUGAAUGAAAAAUUACAUCUAGUAAUGAGCAAUAAAUAUUAAAUAUAGUAUCUACACUUCAACAUUACACCUCUCUCUCUCU